UAAAAUUGGCAAUGGCAACAAAAUUUCUUUUAGACAGAAAUGGAAUGACAACUCAUCAGAAUUAUUAUAAAAUAAAAAUAUUUAGCUUAUAGAAAUUUUUUUGAGGUUUAUUAUAUUAAUGUUUUAGUUAUUUAAAAAUCAGGUAUGUUCAAGCAUAUAGAAAUUUCUAUAAAUUAUUGUGAUUCAAACUCGUAGACCUUAUUUUCUUUCAAUAAAUCUGCAACAGAUUCAAAGUAUGGCUAGUCCUCGCACAAAACGAGUUUUACAAGACUUAAGAACUAAAGAUGGCAACAAUAAUUGUUUUGAAUGUGGCUCCCAUAAUCCUCAAUGGGUUAGUGUCACCUACGGUAUAUGGAUCUGUUUGGAGUGUUCAGGAAAACAUAGAGGCUUAGGUGUUCAUAUCAGUUUUGUGAGGUCAGUUUCAAUGGAUAAAUGGAAAGACAUGGAAUUGGAGAAAAUGAAAGCUGGAGGAAACAGAAAAGCUAAAGAAUUUCUAGAAAGUCAACCAGAUUACAAUUCAAAAUUGCCCUUGAAAGACAAAUAUAGCACACGAGCUGCAGCUUUAUAUAGAGAUAAGAUCAAUACUGAAGCCCAAGGAAAAAAUUGGUCUGUUGAAACUUCAUCUGCUAAAAAUCAUGCUUCCACAAAUAUUCCAAAAAGUUCUUCAAGUAGCAGUUUGAAAUCUUACAAUUAUUCAAAUAAUUAUUCAAGCUCCAAUUACCAAAAUGAUGACUGGGAUAAUUAUAAUUCUGGAUAUCAAAAUGUGCAAGAGAAAAGUGUAAAUCCUCAAAGAGAUGCUUUUUUCAAUAAGAGACAAGAAGAAAAUUUAUCUAGGCCAGAUAAUAUUCCACCAAAUCAAGGUGGGAGAUAUACGGGAUUUGGAUACUCCAUGGCGCCUCCUCCUAAGAGCCAGUCUCAAGAAUUUGUGGAUGGGGCUUUGUCAUCUUUAUCAUCUGGAUGGUCUGUGUUUGCAUCUGGAGCUUCCAAAUUAGCUUUCAAAGCAUCUGAAAAUGCUGUUAAAUUUGGUAGUAUAGCUUCUCAGAAAGUAGUGGAGUUGUCUGAAUCUGUAAAUGAAAAGGUUAAAGAAGGUACUUUAGUUGAUGAUCUCUCAUCCCAAGUCACAAAUAUAGGUAGUAAGGUGGCUGAUGUUGGAAAGAAAGGUUGGACAGAUAUUUCUACUAUUUUUUCGCAAAAAGUAACUUUGGAAAAAGCUGAAGGGGCCCCAAAUGAAAAGUCAUCACUUUUAGGUCUGGGAAAUGCCAAUAAUUUAAGCUCUCCUACUCAAGGAGCAACAUCAAAUAAUGAUUGGCAAACAGAGGAUUGGAAAUGGUCUGAGGAUCAAGUGCACUCAACAAAUCACUCCUCGAGAUUAAGUGGAGCCCGUUCUCCAAAAUCCCCAAAACAUUCCUCUAGAAAUAGCCCAUCAUCCCCAGAAAAUAGAAAAAUUGUCGAAGGGGACAAUCUGCUUAUUGAUUUUGGCAACAAUGUUGAAGGCAAGCUACCAGAACAAAAUAGUAAGAAGUAUGAAUGGGACAAUAAUUGGGAAGAUUCGAAUUGGGAGGAUCUUGAUAAAAAAUCAACAAGCAGAGGAGGUUACCAAAGGAUAGGAUCAAAAAAAGAUUGAAAUAUUUUAAUUACGCUGUAGAAAUCCCAUUUUAACUGUAAUGGCUAUUCUAUGUAACACACUAUUGUGUGAUAGUUCAUCCAGGUUAUUGGGAAAUAAAAAUUUUAAAUUGGU